AAGCGCACUCGUACGCGGUGUCAAGCUCACAAAAAAAGACCUGAAAGAACUGAAAAAACUAAAAAAAGCCAACACUCUACCAUGACAGUUACAACGUCUCAACACACUACCAGAAGCACCCCUCCCGCUCCACGUGAAGGAUUCUUCCUGAACCAACUAGACACUUUCAUUGGCCCUGGCGCAACCACCGCAGAGAUAUUUCUGCAAUUUGGUGCAUCUUUCGUGAUCGGUCUCCUGUGCUUUUGGAUCAAAUACGACAACGACGCGACUGAAGUCUCUACGAAUUGGAAGCACAAUGCUAUCGUGAUUGGGUUGGGGAUGGAUAUGAUUGGCGGCGUCGUAACCAACUCGACAAGUGCCGCGAAACGCUGGUACCACCGCCCUGGGCAGAAUUUUUCCCAGCACAUGACAUUUAUUGCAAUUCACGCAAUGCAAAUUGGAACGGUUGCCUUCCUGUUCUGUCCCCAAAAGGAUCAGCAAUGGUUUUACUUUGCAGCUGUGUAUGGGUGCUUGCUGGUAUCGUCGACGAUUGUGCAUUCUGUCCCGUUGUACCUCCAGCGCCCAAUGGCCAUGUCGUUGGUGGCGACAGCUAUUCCCAUGAGCAUGUCAAAAGUGUUGCCGGAGACACCAGGAAUGGAAUGGUUCAUUCCCUUGCUGUUUCUGAAACUCUUGGUUUCUCACUUGACCCCGGAGACGUCGUUUCAGCCUGGUGAGGCGUGGCACGAGGAAAACGCAAGGGCAAAGAAUGUUUGAGUUGCAAAUGUACAACUGUAGCACCAGCUAAUGGGAGUUAAAACAAGAGUGGCUACACCACGCGACUACUCAGGUAUUGUCAGUUACUGUGCAUUCAUCGCGUCU